AUGCAACACGAAGAGGAUGACCACCAUCAUCGGCUUUCUUCUUCUUCAAUGACCCACCACACGAGUAAUCUUGUCUCUGAUCCAUCAGCACCAUCAUUCUCGGAAGAAGAAGAAGAAAUAGGCUUUGAAUCGGACUCUCUGAGUGCAACCUCGUCAACUGCCAUCUCAACCAAUUCCUUCCUCUCUGUAACGACCCUCCAUGCUGCUGCUGCUGCUGCUGCUGCUUCAAAUCCUUCAUCAUCAGUGCCAGUUGGCUUGUUGAACAGCCAUCCGAGUAAUGGUAGUAGUAGUAGUGGGCAUGGAUCGAGUCCCAUCUCUUCAUUGUCUCCUCGUUUUUCUUCUUUGCAAAGUAUGACCACUCUUUCUUCAACGCCACCACCACCUCACAAUUUUGGAGGAAACACCACAAGUGUAUCAUCAUCAGCACCUCCUUCCUUCUCGCUCUUGACGACGACACAUUCGUCAUCCUCUUCCGUAGAUCGAAUGAUUAAAACCUUGUCAUUAUUCUUACAGGAUGUUCAUUCAUCGGAAGAUUUGCAUUAUUGGGAUUCCAAUAACGAAACGAAUCGAGAAAACUUGCGAAAAUAUCGCUGUCGACAAGAUGACCAAUGCUUGGGUGAAUAUGUGUUGAAUCAAGUGAAAUCUGUAUAUAUUGAAAAGUGCGAAAUUGCUAACUUGAGCUGUUUGUUUAAACCCCAUCGAAUAUGGAAACAACUUUCAAAACUGAGGAUGAGAAAAACCAAAUUGAAUGACAUUUUCUCUUUCAGUGAUUGUAUUCCAACUAUUCGAGAAUACCACAUGUCACACAACUAUCUAUCAUGUGUACAUAUCCCAUCUUGUAUAGUUACUUCGAAUUUAGCGAUUUUAGAUUUAAGUUUUAAUUUAUUAGAAACUCUUGACAGUUUCUCGAGAGUUAAACUUCCCAACUUGGAAUUUUUAGAUGUUUCACAUAACUACUUGACCAGUGUGAAAGGAAUUUUACGAGCUUGCGGAAAGAAUAGCCUCAAGCAACUCUAUCUUCAUGCGAACAAUAUUUCCCAAUUUGAAGAUGUCUAUUUCUUAAAUUAUUUUGAAAAUUUGCAUGCAUUGACACUUUUAGAGAAUCCCAUUGAGAACGAAUCAACUUAUCAUCAAACCAUAUUGAAUUUAUUUUCCAACUCUUCGAAACUCUUCUAUUUUGAUGAAACCGAAUAUGAAUUGAAACAAUUCAAAACUUAUUCAUUUCCUCUUGUAAGUGAUGAAGAGGUACGAGAGGCAUCAGAAAUGUCUGCUGUCACUGUAUUGCCAUCUUCUAUUCCACCUCCACCUCCAAUAUUCUCUAAUAUCCCACCUCCACCUCCCAUGUUUUCCAACAUGGAUGAAAGUGUAGUACCACCACCGCCACCUCCUCCAGAUAUGGGUGGAAUUGUUCCUCCACCACCACCUGGGUCGGUUCCUCUUCCUCCAAAUGUUCGAGUGAUUCCAAGAAAAACAAAAAAAGAAGUCUCUAAAACAAAGAAUAUUCAUUGGAAACCUGUCACACUGACCAAAACGAGAAGUAGAUCCGUUUGGAAUGUAGAAGAAAAAGUGGAUGUCAUUUCUGUGGAUCAUUUACAAAAAUUGGAGACCAUUUUCUCGGCCUCCAAGGAUUCUCCAUCUCGAAUAGGUUUAGCUAAAAAAGCCAUCUCCAAGGAAUUAGAAACCGUUAUUGAUUCCUCUCUAUCCAGAAAUUUGGAAAUUUUAAUUAGUGGAUUGUUCAAACAGUGUGAUGUGAUCUCCAUCAUUCAAAAUAUCAAUCAUCUAGAUACUCAGAGAUUAUCAAUAGAGCAAAUGAAAGCCAUUUCUCAGUUUGUUCCUGCCAUUGAAGAGAUGAGAAAAAGAUCUUUAUUGUAG